GCGUCUUCUGCGACACAAACACACGGAGGGGUGUAAACACGCGUAGGUGAGGACACUUCUUGCCUUGGUUGACUCACGCGUGUCGUGACACAGGUGUAAACAACUUUGCGGAAGCAAGUAUUGCUGGUGUCUCGAAUCCCAGGAUACGAUACGAAGUGAUCGUCAGAAAUGACAGCUCUGGACCUAGCGACUUCUUUCAAGUCACACUUUCUCCAGCUGGCCGACAUCCUUACCUGUGCGUGCUUCAGCGACCCCUGAUGCUGGUGACAAGCAAUAACUAGGUCCCAUACCUCCAGGCACAUACUACAUACUGCUACUAUGAAGACCUAUGUGACACUGACUGCCCUUAUACUGGGGUUCAUGUGGCUGUCAACAUCAAAUGGUGAACCUUCACAGUGCACAGACUUAAGAACAGUCAUUCCAAGUGGCUGCUCCUGCACUGGGGCUUUUAUAAAUGGUGCCAUAAAUGAUUCACUUGUUGCCAUUGAUUGUCGUAAACAACAGUACACUCGAGUGCCAGUCAUCACCGGGUCAUCUACACAUAUCGUCUAUGAAAUGACCAUGUCUGACAACAACUUAGUCACAAUACCUGCAAUGGCAUUUCAUGGACUACGAAUCCAAAGACUGGAUCUGCGCCACAACCUGCUGACAAGUUUUGAUCCAAAAGCCUUUCUUGGACUGGAGAAUGAUAUUGUGGAACUUUCUCUUGGUGCUCAGGCUGAUAUAUCAAUUCUAAACAACAGUCUAAAGACUCUGACUAGACUGAACACUCUGACUCUUGAGUACUUUCAGUUUCCUAACAACGACUUACUACGAGGUGGUGUGGUGUCUACAAUGACUUCCUUAAGGUCACUGACCCUGAAGCACAAUAAUCUCAUAUAUAUCGAACCCCUCGCCCUGCCUUCUCAGCUCACCUAUCUGGAAUUAGACUAUCAGUCUUUAGGUCCAUAUCUACCCAUUGGCGCACUUCGAUCAGUAAGACAGUUACAGACCUUAAUUAUGAAAAAUACUGAACUUAAAUAUUUAUCCAACAAAGCUUUUGAAUAUAACAGUCAACUCCAAACACUUCAGUUUGGCUACAACAGAAUUGAAAAACUAGAAGAUGGCUGUUUCACGGGGAUUUAUGACUUGCAAACGUUCUCUCUACAUGAAAACAGAAUACAAAAUACCUCUGUUCUGGAUCCUAUUAAAAAUCUCACAACUCUCAGCAUGCUGGAUGUGUCUGAGACAGGCAUAAGUGACUUAUCACCUGGAGUUCCCUUUCUUCAGAACAAAGCUAGCUUGCGCAGGCUGGCCCUUGAAAGCAAUCAGUUGACCACAUUAAAAGCCGCUGUUUUUCUUUCUCUUGGCUCUCUGACAACUCUCAGUCUUGCCAAAAACAGGAUUUCCCAGAUUGACAGCAGAGCUUUUGAGGGUCUGAGAGGGCUUCAGUCCUUGGAUCUUAGCCAGCAGAACACAAGUCAAAAUCUCAUCUUACCGGCAUCACUUCCAGGGCAAACACCAGGCUUGCAACAGCUUGUGUUGUCUGGGACACCAGUGGAUGAAAGAACUCUAUGGCAGAGAAUUCCUUCUUUAACUUCUCUUCAAGUACUAAAGUUAGAUGGCAUAAGAUUGAGUUCCAUCAAGAAUUAUGCCCUCAGCCAGCUGACACAGUUGAAGGAGCUGUAUCUCAAUGCCACUACCAUCACUGAAGUUACGCAAAUGAAGUUUAUGGGCCCACGUAAUCUUGCAAAGCUUUACCUAGACAACAAUGGAAUAGAUAGCAUUAGCAAUUGUGCUUUUUUCCAGUAUUCCAGAGACCAAGGUCUUCAACUAAGCUUGACUGGAAACCGCCUUAAAUGUGACUGUACUUUAAAUUGGCUGCUGGAAGCCAUAGAUGAGAAGAUGAUCUUUGUUAGUCAGAGUGACACAUGCGCCUCUCCUCCAGACAAAGCAAACAAGCUCUUAAAUUCAUUCAAACCUGGAAACUUUACAUGCAGUUUUUCAAGAAGUGAUCCACCAUGCCUUGACCUCUAUACCACUACUACCUUGCCAGCUGGUGCCAUAAACACUUCGCCAACAGUUAAGCCAUCUCUUAGUAUCACUGUGGUAGAGAAGAGCAAUGUAUCUAUUCAAGUCCAAUGGGUUCUAACAACAAACUAUCCAAACCUUGAUUACUUUAGGGUGAUACACACAGAGCAGGAAUCAUCUGCAAGAACUGUUUCUGGUGAAAUCCCUAAAACACAAAAUAUCUACUUGAUUUCAGGGUUGUCUCCUGGACACUCUUACAGCAUUUGUAUCUAUGCCUAUGACAUAUUAAAUAAUGAUGUCUAUAGUUGUAAAGUUGUAAAUACCUUAUAUUCCAAUGGUGACAGUUCAGAAAAAAUUGGUAACAACAGCCAUGAAAUUGGCAUCAUAGUAGGUGCCUCUGUGGCUGGUGUGGUGCUGCUGGCCAUUUUGGGUGCCAUCGUGUAUGUUGUGUUCUUGCGAAAGCGGGCAGAGAGCAAGACUCCAGCACAGCCUCAUGUCUUCUCGCCAAGUGAGCUGCCCAAUAUGGGAAGUGAAUCCAAGAGCUUCACAAGAGAAAAAGACAAUCACCACAGGGUGGGCCGAGCCUUAAAUGCUGACAUGAAGGUCAACGCUAUCAGUGGGACAAAUAUUCCAGACACAGGAGGUCGACACUCGGCAGGAAGUUACCAAUACCUUGACGAAAACAACAUGUUAAAUUCUCAGUUUCCCUCAGCUACGUCCUUGUCUGCAAAUAACAUAAAUGGCAGAAAUGUGCCAUCUAUGUCUCCUUCACAAGCAAGCAGUGAAGUUCCUACAACUUAUCUCAACAUGGGGUUCAUCAGAGACAGUAGCAGCUUCUGAGGGGAAAGAAACCUCAAAGAUUGUCACUAGAGAGCACUGGACUGAGAAGAUAAAAAAAACAAUUUUUUUCCACGUGAAUGCUGUUUAUAAAUAACAGAGUUGUCAUUCUUUAAUUAGCAGUGCAGAUGUGCCAGAAGGCAUCUUUAAUUUGGCAGCAGAAAAACAGCUUUUUAUAUGCAGUUUGUCUUUUUGGCAGUACUUUUUUUGUGUGGAAAUUUCAUGUUACUUCACAAGCAAUAAUUGCAUUGAAACUGCCAGUCAAUGUAUGUAUAAACAUUGCUUUACAAAAGCAAAUUUUAAUCUGAAGAACUGAAUCUCCCUUUCUCGGUGAUAAAACUUGAAUGGUGACCAAGUAGAACAAUAAAAAAAAGUUUAUGAAAGAAAGCAAAAUGUGUGAAAACAAAUCUCAAAGAUUUUGUUCUGAAACAGGAAGAAACUGUUCAAGGCAAUCUGCCUUUGUACAGUGUAUGCAUGAUUCUCACAAUAAUUCUCAGAAAAUGUGGAAAUCAGCAAGUAGCUGGCUGCAUACAAACAUUACAAUAAAGCAGAUGCCAGCUUUUCCAUGAAGAAAGUAAGUUACAUUUCAGAGUUGUGUCAUACACAUUGGGUGCACAAUAUGGCAAUUGUGUAUAAUCCCUCUCUCUUCUUAUUUUGUAUGUUAGUGCAUGUUUCAGUCAUUAUGUAUGAAUGUGGUAUAUGUAUUUUUUUUUAUUGUAAAAUAGAAAAAUAAAAUUGUACAAAAUACACCAUGCAAUACAGCUAUUGCAUGUGCUCAAAGUAUAAUAUAUAGAUGUCUUCCAACAAGCUUGCUUAGAUGACUAAGUCUAUGAUAGCUGGUGGAUUUCACUUUUCUAUAUAUAACAAAAUAAUAGUAUUCUUAAAUUCUUGUACCCAAAACUACAAGCCUAAGUAACAGUGUAAUGCAACACAUACUAUUUUUGUUAUUGUAUUAGGCUGAUUUCUGGAUGCAUAAUGGUCCAAUUCAGUCGAAAAGUUUUUUAUCAUCAAAUAUUAUUCUUAUUAACAUGAAGCACAAAAAAGAAGUUUCUUCACUGUUCAUAUAAUGAAAGGCUGCUGAAACUUGGUGAGAGAACACCUCAUAAUGAAACUACUCUUCAAUGCAUCUGCUCAGAUUACAUGUCCCGGUAUUUUCCUCAAAAUUUCCUAACCUGUUUGUUAUAUGCCUAAAAUAUAUAUAUUGAGAGAGAGAUAACCUAUGAUACUCAAUUUGUUCUUAAAUGGUUUACACGUUCUUUCCACUUUUUUAAGCGGGGAAUGGACUGCAGGAAGGUGAUGCAGUUAGCUCCUUUUGCAUUCUAGUACAUGUACUACCGGUACAUGAUCUUACACUAGCCAGCCUUGUGAGAGCUUUCUCAUGCCAAGCCUUAUGACAGCUUUCUCGCACCAAGCCUUAAGAGAGCUUUCUCAUGCCAAACGGUGGCCUAUACUUAUGUCUUACAUCUCUUUCAAGGUAACUUCCAGCAUUCCAUUUAAAAGAAAAUUACUCCAUCAAGUGGUUUUGUUUGCUGUUUCUAUCAUAUAUAUAUAUUCUGACACAUUCUUCAAUGAAUCUAUGUCUUCAAAAUGUAUUGAAAGAAGUGUUGUAAAUAUGUAUCAUAUGUGAUAAAUUCAUGUUUCUGCACAAACAUACAGCUUUUUUUUUUGGCCUGUUACUUCUAACAUGAGUUUAAAAGUAAUCCAAUCAUAACUAAAUUAUUGUAUAAACUGCAAAAAUGUGUUUAUGAAAUCAAAGUUAUGAUUUUAUGUGUCCAUAUUCUAGCAUACAUUUAUUUAAAAUAUGAAAGAAAAAUUGAGAUGAGUGUUUUUUCCUAUUAUUGUUGAGCAAUUAUGCAUUUGAACAAUAUUUGGAUUUCUAUGUAAAUAUUGCGGAAAAGCUAUGCAAAACUUAUUUCAUUUGUGAGUUUCUUGUUGUAUGAACUUAUUAUUAUUAACUGACCUGUGUAUAGAUUCUUCAUAUUCAAAUGUAGGUUGGGCGAUGUCAAUCUUUUUUUUUUCUUCCUGAGGGUCUUUCAUUCAGAUUGGUGUCCUAUGACAACAUCCUAUCAGCAUUUAAUAAUUCUCUUAGUGUCGUGCCCAAAUCAGAAAAGGGAGUCGAGUGUAUUUGCAUGGCUUACUGAUAGCAUUCUUCUACAAGCUGUACGAUUGUAGCAUCACUGACAUGGGUAAUGAGCAAUUUGAAUCAAAGUGAAGUUCUGAGUC